GGUUUCCAUUGCUAUCUUACGAGACUCCAUUCCUCAUUAGACAUCCACUUCUAUCCCUGUCUUCCUCUUCUUUGUGAGAUCCGGGUUAUCAAUCAAGAUCACACAAAAAUCAGUGAAACCUGACUGAAUUUGCAAAGCCAGUCCAAUGGACAAGGGGAAAGCAGUGAUGGGGUCAGGGAGAAGAUGGGCCGUUGACUUCACUGACAAUUCAACACUCCCUUCUUCUCGUGAUAUCCCUGAUCCUCCUGGCUUCUCUCGCGCCUCUCAAGAUCAGGAGGAUUCGGCUGUUACCAAGCAAAAAAAGGAUGCUGAAGCUAAUUGGAAAGCUCAGAAAGCUUGGGAAGUGGCACAAGCCCCCUUCAAGAAUUUACUAAUGAUGGGCUUCAUGAUGUGGAUGGCUGGAAAUACAGUGCAUCUAUUUAGCAUUGGGAUUACAUUUUCGGCUCUUUGGCAGCCCAUAGGAGCUCUUCAAGGAGUUGGGAAGGUGUUUGAGCCUUACAAAGACAGUAAAGUGGAUCUUCUUGUACCUAAGUUAGUCUUUAUUGCCCUAAAUUUGGGUGGUUUAGCAUUGGGUAUUUGGAAGCUUAACACAUUGGGGCUUCUUCCAACACACGCAUCAGACUGGGUUUCAUCCCUACCCCCUGCUAAGGAGGUCGAAUAUUCAGGUGGUGGUGUUCCUCUGCUCUAAUGUGCUUCUUUGAGAUCAUUUACCUUCUGUGGGCAAGAAGACAGGUUGGAACAAAGAACUUCCCAAAGCCGGACCAGAUUCGGAUCUAUUCUUGGGUGUGGCCUGUUAUUUCGUGGGUGUGGCCACCAUGGACAAUGGUACCAUUUAGAUUGUUUUAAAUUUCUUAAACCAUGUAGACAUUAACAGGAUUGGGUUUGUUGUAAUGCAGGAGUCCCUAUGACAUACUGUAUAGAUGAUUAUUGAACUUGAGAGGUAAUAGACUAAUAGUCCUUUUUGCUAACACUCAAGUUUAUUAUUUCUAUUAAACAUAAGGUUUUAAGCAGUGCUUGUGACAAA